AUGGAUGUUGAACAGCAGAAGCAAGAUCAACAACAGCAGCUACAAACAGAGCAGCAGAAUCAGCAGCAGCAACAAGAGGAACAGCAAGAAGUUCAUUCAGAACAACAGCAACAGAGCAGAUGGAAGUUCUGGUGGCACUCCAAUGCUGAUAGUCGUAUGGACGCAGAAAGCAGAUCAGAGCAAUCAGAAGGGAGAGCAUCGACAACGAGAAUUCAAGACGGUGUGGACUCAAAUAACAGCAACAACGGAAUAUGGUCCAAAAUUGCAUCCUUUGCAGCGUCCAGAUAUAGGAAUAUGCCAAUUAUUGUCGAUGAUGAUACCCGGUAUUCUCAAUUAAAUACUGAACAAAUUGAUUUUUUGGAAAAUGAAGCUAAAGAUAUGAUUUUAAAAAAAUCAAAAUCAUGGUGUUGGUAUGAAGCAAUUCCGAACGCAUCGACUUCAUCAAAUAUUAUCGAUUCGACAGAUACCCCAGGGAUAAUCAGUGUGUCCGGUACGGGAUCAGCCAAGUGUCCAUUACCAUUAAAUAAGUACCCCGGUGAUGAAAAUAAUCUCGGCUACAAUGUAUUUAUCAAUGAUUCUUUGAUUCUACCGUCGGAUAGCCCUUUGGAUUUUUUACAUGUUCAACCACUCAAAACUAAGAUAGCGAAUACUGUCAAAAACUAUUAUAACUUCCCAAACGAACAACAUAUCUAUCUAAAACAGAAUAAAACAGCACUAUUGAAGGAGAAGAAAGUUAUAAUAAUAUCUGUCGUGGGGGAUCUACCGGAAAAGUAUGAGCAACGCUCAUUGGAAUCACAAAGACCCGCAUAUUAUCUUUCCAAAAAACUGUCACAGAAUUUGUCUAGUGAACAGCCUGAGAGGGUUCUGACCCUAUCAUUCCAAUGUCCAUUACACAGUCAAGAUUUAAUUCCUACUUACAAAGAAUGCGUGGAAUUACUGAACCAUUGGGCCCAUCUUUUCAAAGGUAUUGAUUCAAUUUUUUUCGUGGGUGCUUAUCACAGCGUUCCAUUGACUUUGUUAUUAGCCAAAUAUAUUGUACAAAAUCAUGAAGUUCUAGAGUUUGACGAAAAUACUACAGUUGGGGUGCUAAGUUUUCAGUCGUGUUUACAAGGCUAUCGAUUUUGGGACCAUAGUACUGAUUUUGUCAGUAAUAGUUACAGUAAUACGGGUUCCAAUUCAAAUGUCAAUGAAAAUGAGGGUAAUGAUCAUGAUCCCAAUAAUGAUUUCACCACCAAAAGUCAACAAAUAAAAGAAAAGCAGUUGUUCCAAGGCAUUGAUAAAGGGCAGCAAGAUACGCUUUCAAAAAUCAAAAACUAUAGACGAAUAGACUCUAGUGAAUCUAAGCUAGUCCAGGACGCAUUGGAUUGGCUCUUGUUUAAUUGGGAUUCGUUUCGGCUGACAUUCUUUGGUAAGCUUUAUGACAAUUUCAUGACAAUUUCAGAAAAACUUGCUAUAGAUUAUAAUCAUCCGAAAAUCUUAAGAAAUUUAUGGUGUAAUGGGAAAUAUAUGGGUAUUGACCUAAAGAAUGCUAAUAAUCUAAAUUUUGACACCAGUGACGAUGAAACAAGUAAUAGCAUCAAUGAUAUUCAUUUAAGGACGCCCAAUUUUGAAUCAAAACUGAAAAUUCCCACUAACAGACUUUUUGAAAUAAUCCUAUGGAACAUCCUGAUGACAACGGAAAAUCUGGGAUAUAAGCAAUUCAUUCCUAUAAUUAAUUUAUUAAGCCCGUUUUUUAUUUCAAGAUCCUUUAAUGAUUUUACUUUGCCGACAAAUAUAAGGAAGCAAUACCAGAACAACACAAAAAUUUGGCUUCAAGAAAUGGACAAUAAAUGGAAGAUCAAUGGCCCUCAAUUCACUCACGAUCUAAGAGAGAGCGAAACUCCCGGCUCAUCUUCAGCGUCAUUACUACCGGAGGAUGUUUCUACAGUUAAGGAUUUUUUACAGUUCGUGCAGUAUCAGAAUGAAAAAUCGCCAGAUUUCGUAAAAGUAUAUUCUGACAUUUACGAUGAUGACCACGUUUAUAGAUGCUUUCUGCACAAUACAAUUUUUACCAAAAAUCCGUUGAGCCCUAAGCAUUUGCGUUUAAAUAUAGAUCUCGAUACUCCUACGAGCAUAUUGAACACUGUCAAUCAAUAUGAUUUGGUUUGGAAGAUCCAUGACUCGUUUUCCAAAUUGAUUCGUCUGAAAAAUUUACCACAGCUAGAAGUGCCACAUGCGUUAAGACUUUCCAUUUCACUGAACUGCUUCUUAGACAGCACCGUAACCACUUCUGGCCCAACUUUUCAGAGGGACAAUAUGGAGGCGUUGAGAAGACUAACAGAGAUCUGGCGAACUUAUCAAGACUGGUCUCCGCCAACAAGGGGCUUAAAACAUCUAAGGGAUAUCCUAAGCGUUCUAGCCAUGUAUGAAAACCCCAAGAGUUUGAUCAGCGAUGUUCGACGUACAUAA